AUGUCGUCUCUCGAGAUAGAAUCAGCCAGCGUCGACGACGGCGCCGCCGUUCAGGCAACCGACGGAGAUGAUAUUUCCCCCAUCGAAGAAGUUCGUCUAACUGUUUCUAACGACGAUGACACUACGCUCCCUGUUUGGACAUUCCGAAUGUGGUUCAUCGGAGUCUUCUCGUGUGUUCUCCUUUCGUUCCUCAACACGUUCUUCAGUUACCGGUCGGAGCCACUCCAGGUUACCAUGAUAUCCAUCCAGGUGGCGUCACUCCCCGUUGGAAAAUUCAUGGCUAAAGUGCUACCGACCACCAAGUUUAAGAUCCCCGUUGGGAACCUGGUGUUUACGCUUAACCCGGGCCCAUUUAACGUUAAAGAGCACGUGUUGAUCUCUAUCUUUGCCAAUGCUGGGGCGGGGUUUGGCGGCGGCACGGCUUAUGCUAUCAGCAUCGUAAAUAUUAUUCGCUUUUAUCAUAGAAAUAUCAGUUUCUUGGCUAGUUGGAUUCUAGUCAUCACCACACAGGUGUUGGGGUAUGGAUGGGCGGGGAUUAUGAGGAAGUUCGUGGUGGAACCUGCUGCAAUGUGGUGGCCAAAUUGCCUGGUUCAAGUUUCUCUUUUCAGGGCCAUGCAUGAGAAUGACGGCAGUCGCAUGUCUCGAGGGAAAUUCUUCUUGAUCGCACUUGCUUGCAGUUUCUCCUGGUAUGUAUUUCCAGGCUACUUGUUCCAGACACUGUCAACCAUUUCAUGGGUCUGCUGGGCAUUUCCCAAGUCAGUAACAGCCCAUCAAAUCGGAUCGGGAAUGCUCGGGAUCGGCUUCGGAUCCUUUGCACUUGACUGGUCUGUCAUCGCAUCCUUCCUCGGCAGCCCUCUGGUCACCCCAUUCUUCGCACUUGUCAAUAUCUUUGUAGGCUUUGCGUUAUCCAUGUAUGUCGUGCUUCCAAUUUCCUACUGGGGACUAAAUCUUUACAAUGCUCGCACCUUCCCAAUUUUCUCCUCGCAUUUGUAUAAUAACAAAGGGGAACCAUACAAUAUAUCGGGCAUCGUGAAUCCUAAUUUUGAAAUCGAAAUGCCAGCUUAUGAGAAGCAGGGACGUGUAAACCUGAGCAUCUUCUUUACUCUCACUUACGGUAUUGGCUUUGCCGCCAUUAUAGCCACUCUUUCUCAUGUGGCUGUUUUCAACGGAAAGGAGAUAUAUGCACAACUAAGAGCUUCUUUCAAGGGAAAAGAAGAUAUCCAUACAAGGUUAAUGAAGAAGUAUAAGAACAUACCAAACUGGUGGUUUUACCUAUUGCUUGUCUCGACAUUGGUGCUCUCUCUCGCAUUAUGUAUUUUCAUGAAACUUCAAAUCCAAAUGCCUUGGUGGGGACUCCUCUUUGCAGCUGCUCUUGCUUUAGCUUUCACUCUUCCUGUCAGCAUCAUAACUGCCACUACAAAUCAGUCACCAGGACUUAAUGUCAUAAGUGAGUACAUCAUGGGUUACGUGUUACCAGGAAAACCAAUAGCCAAUGUUUGCUUCAAAACCUUCGGAUAUAUAAGCAUGACACAAGCAGUUUCCUUCCUAAAUGAUUUCAAGCUCGGCCAUUAUAUGAAGAUUCCCCCCAGAUCGAUGUUUGUAGUCCAGGGUAUAGGAACUGUGAUAGCUGGAACAGUGAACCUUGCAGUGGCAUGGUGGCUGCUGACUACAGUUGAGAACAUAUGCCAGGAUCACCUACUUCCUCCCGACAGUCCAUGGACAUGUCCCUCUGACAGAGUAUUCUUCGAUGCAUCGGUUAUAUGGGGUCUGGUUGGACCGAAAAGGAUCUUUGGUCCUUUGGGGAACUACUAUGCUCUCAACUGGUUCUUCCUGGGAGGGGCCUUGGGACCUGUCGUGGUAUGGCUAUUCCACAAAGCUUUCCCUGACCAGAAAUGGAUACCACUUAUCAAUCUUCCGGUGCUCUUGGGCGCGACAGCUGUAAUGCCACCAGCUACAUCAUUGAACUUCAAUUGCUAUCUUAUAAUUGGAUUCAUCUUCAAUUACUAUGUUUUUAAAUACCGAAAAGGUUGGUGGCAGAGAUACAACUAUGUUCUGUCGGCAGCUCUUGAUGCUGGAUUGGCUUUCAUGGGAGUGCUCAUAUAUUUCACUUUGACAAUGCAAGGAAUUGGUAUAUCUUGGUGGGGAAGUGAGGGUGAGCACUGCGAUCUCGCUUCGUGUCCGACUUCCAAAGGCAUAGUCGUAGACGGUUGUCCAGUCUAUUAGAUUCAUAUUUAGUCUCUACAUCAGACAUUUUAGGCUUCAAGAACUCUAC